AAGAUCCGCAUCAAGAAGGAACUGCAGGAACAGUUACAGCAGGAGCAGGACGAUGAAAUGCGGCCACCGAGUAAGGCGCACCAUCGGGAACAUCACGAUGAGCAGCAUCAUGGCGUAGGUUCAAGCCCAGCGCCCAGUCCUCGUCUCUCAACCGCCAGCGUACCACUCAGUCCAGCCGCCAGUCCACUGAGCGAUCAUCAUUCCAUUGCAUCCCGCUCGACACCGGGCGCCGAUGGUCCGACGAAGAAAUCGACACCAGUGCCGCCUUCCUCCGUUAGCAGCAGUCUCGGUGCUCUGUCCUCCAUGUUUGACAGCUUGACCGGUUCGGGAAGUGGUGGCGGUGCAGGUGGCGCAGGAACUGACGGUAGCGGAUCUUCAUCCGGUGGCAAAAAAUCGAGCGCACAUCCGUUGGCCGCUCUGCAGAAACUUUGUGAUAAAACCGAGACCCCGUCCGGUGGUGGUGGCGGUGGUAGCGGUGGCGGACGUGCUGGUGGUGGUUCCAGUUCCGCGCUGUUGACCGCAACGAAUUCAACAUCCGGCAGCGGUGGUGUAGGUCAGGGGUCUUCGGCAUCGCGUACCGCUCCUGGUGCUAUCCUGGCGUUUAGUUGGGCUUGCAACGAGGGAGUGGCCGUAUCGGAGGAAGCUGGUGGCGGUGCGGGGACACUCAAGUGCGCGUAUUGUGACACGACGUUCAGCUCGAAGGGCGCCUACCGUCACCAUCUUUCUAAGGCGCACUUUGUCAACGAUGACGUCAUUCCGGAUCCGAAGAGUUCCUCGUUGACGGCCACCAGUGGCGCCCAGGCCUUGCACUCCAAGGCGCGCUCCUCACCGUCGCCCCAUUCACCGAAAUCGGGUGGCGGUGGCGGUGGCUCGAAUGCACCGCUUUCCCUUGUCACAUCGGCCGCCGGUAGUGGUGCCGGGGCCGGUGCUGGAUCUGGAUCAUCGUCAGCGGCAUCUGGAUCGGGGCGCGAGAGUGCCGAGCGUCGAUCGAUGGAACCGGCGUCCGCGAAGAGUCCUCCACCGUCACAGUCGCCUGCCGCUUCGUUCCAGGACGAGAGUCCGCAUUCCAAGUUCCUCAAGUACACCGAGCUGGCGAAGCAACUGUCCUCCAAGUACGUCUGACACUCCUAAGGCGGUCCAAACAAACACCCAGACACACAUAUCCCUGCGAGCGAGCAAGCGAGUGCGGUAAGCGAUCACGUGCAGCGUUUGACAGUUUUUCACAGCCCAAAUGACAGUCACCGGAAUUGGAUAAAAAUUGUCACAAAAUAGUCGUAGAAGUGAAGAAAGAAAGAUGGGAAGAGUGAAAAAGAUUAUGAGAGAAAGAGUAAUUUUAAUGGAAAACUAAAAAAAACACGGAAACUAAAGUCAACCUUACAGCAACCUAGUUAUACGAGCGCAACACGAUACGAUCAAUUCGAUGAAGUAGCAGGUAGCAGAAAGAGAAGUUGAGCAUUAUUGCGACAUCCCCCCUCGCCCCCUUGUAAGUCCUGGCUCUGACCCCAGAUUCCCAGACGCAUUCAAUUGCAGCUUGCAGUAAGCAAAAACAAAUUUGGUAUACGUAAUUUACAAAACACGAACAAACACAACUAGCAAAACACUAGGGAAGAAAGAGAAAAGAAAAAAAACAUAAACAUCCUCAUAAACAUCUUGGAAAAGCGUUAAAAUUUAGCAAGCAAAGUUGGAAAUACGAAAAGAAAAUUAAGUAUACGGCAAAACUCAUACACACAUACAGACAAACAGAUACGAAAACAACGCGCUAAUGAUAGGAAGGGAAGGAGCGAAAGGAAGAUGGCAGAACUUUUCAUGAUUGAAAAGAGUAGCGCAGCUAAUGUAAAAAGAAGAAAAAAAGGGGAGGAAACAUUGAAAACAAUUAAAUUUGAAGCAAAUUCUUACAGCAACACUCUGGAUACGAUACACAAAAGUCAACGGACGUGCCAAAACACUGUAUACUAAUCUAUUUGCUCCCAUUGCAAACAAAAACCACACCAAGACGAACGAACGGAAAUCGAAUCGUACACGUAUACCGCAUUUUCGCAUUAUGUAUGAAGGAGAGGCAGGAAAGAAAGAAAAGUUAAGAAAAGAUAUAAAAAAGAGGGUAGAAUGCUUGUCUCCUCCUUGGUUACUCGUUUGCUUUGUUCGAUCAAAUGCACUCAUGCAGCACAGCUGAAUGGCCGCAUCUGAUGGCCACCAGGUUCAGGACGGUUGCUACUCAAGCUGGUCCAACCGCUCCAAGUUGAUGCCGUGCAGCGAGCGCAGCACAAGUUUGUGAUUUUAGUUUUCUCCAUGUAAAGUGGCCCCAGUGAUGGAUGUGAUCCGUGGAUCACAUCUCUUUCCGAUCCGUUUCAGUUUCCAGUAGUCAGCAGUAUCUCGGUGCUGACGUAUCGUGAAUGCCAGACAGCAUUUAGGGCAGAAGCAGAGAAGUUCGAGGGUUAAAGGCUGUUAAGUCGGUUGUAAAUAGUUUGAUAUCUGACUGCUCUCAGAGGCGUUACUAGGCGUUUUCUCAGCAACUAACAUUUAACACGGACCCUUCGUCAGUCAGUCAGUCAGUCAGUCAGUCGCUGAGGAUUGGGAGGGGGUGGAUGAUAGGACCUUCCUCUCCUCCUCCUCCUCCUCAAAAAGCAUAAGUCUCAAGUAAGCGUAAGUGUAGUGGUUGUGGAGAAAAUGAGAAGAAGAGCAAAAAAAAAUGCAUAAAAAAGUCAGAAAAUUCGAAACAAAAAAGUAAGCAUUUCAAACUCCUUUCCAAAAACGUAAGCUCCAGCCAGUAGUUACAAUAUGCCUCCCUCUUCUACUACUACACAUGGCACAUCACACAGAUCACAACCCCGUAACCGGACCGGUUGGUAGCAGCAGCAGUAGUAUUCCGGUUCACAUCUGGGCAUCUCAGAAAAAAAAAGAAACAAGAACUGUCUUGUGCGAUGGAGCCCAUCCCCCCCACUAUUUAUUGAGAGUGAUUUAAGCAAACGGGAUCGUAGAAUUAGCGAGGAUUAUUAGCGAGUAAAAGCAGCGCUAGAAGAAGGGCUUCGACGACAGCGCCGUGCGGAGUAGUUAAGGCUUCCAUCUGAUAGAGAGAGGGGGUAUAGGCGGUUUUUUUUUUUGGGGUUACGAACGCCAUCUAGCAUUUAGGAAUUGCAUGCACAAACUCGUGGAGAAACUCGAGGUGGUGAUGGUGGUGCAAAAAAAAAAUACGAUCGAAAAUACAGUAUACGCGGGCAAGAUUGCAAAUUCUAGGCGCAUCACAAAAAAAACGCGCACGAAACCGUCGAAGACACAACCCAGUAUACCCGAGCGGAAGCAGAAGCGAUACUCUAUCUCUGAUUAUACAUAUGAGAAUAACAAAUUGAAAUCCCCCCCUCCCCCCCUCCCCCUUGUACAUUGUAUUAUAUUGUGCGAGUGCAGUUUGCAUUACGAUACCUAUAUAUAUGAUAUAAAUAUAUAUAUGAAUAUAUUCGCGCUAUUAUCAUUACUUUUAUGACGUUUAUGAGCGAGGCGAGAAAAAAAAACCGUUUCCCUAAAUCAAAUGCGAACCGCAAAUCGAAGCGUAGCAGAGCAUCAACAGAGCGUGUUAAACAGCAAUGUAUUCGUCGUGGGGAGGUCGCGAAAGUGGGAAGAGUGAGACAUCCCCCCACCCCUGGUGGGGUUGUUUCGAAUCACGAAAAUACACAUACACAAGCAUACGAAAAGAUAUUUAAACCUUUUGGACUUCUCUUCUCAAGUGAUCGAGCAGGAGCUGCAAAGUUGCGAAAAUUUUGCGAAAAAUUACAAACCAAAAUUACAACAGAAAAAAAAUAGAAGACAAAAAAGAAACUAAACAAACACAAAAACACAAACAGAGAAACUCAAAUUCUGAUGAACAGAAGCAAAUCGAAAAACAAACAAAAAUACGCUAACAAAGUACUAAACAAAAAAACACGUAUACGUAAUUUGUCUCAAGAAGGGUCUCGUGUAGGGAACCCGCGUCCCCUCCCCCCGCGCAACAUAGGAUAAAUGAAUUGGUAAAUGGUUGAAUUGGCAAAGGGAGAAAUGGUGUUGUGUAUAAAAUGGAAGCCAAUUCAAUCGCGAAACGCAUUAGAGGAGCACAGGACGUGGCAUUCGCUGGUCAAUCAAUACAGACUUUCUACUACUGUACUAGUACACUGGCUGGCUAACAUCUCCCGGCGGGAAAAGAAUCUCCUCCACGUGGAAAGGCAUUACCCUGGAGCAAAAGUGGAGCCCCAAUGUGUAGCAUCGAAAGGCAAAUAAACGAAUCAAAGCAAAAAAAAUACAAGAACGAUCUUUUAGAACAUCUCCGGAGCCACUCACCCAUCACGCUCUUCUCCUGUCGGUUGUACGAUAAUCUCGUGGUAGCUGGAAGUAGCUGGAGCAACCAUCCUUCCUUCCUGCUUGUAAGAUACUCGCGGUUGCGUUCUUUCGCACUUCCCUUUUCAUCAAAUUUGCGCCCCACAAAAAAAAGUUUGAAAAUUAUCUUCCCCGCAAACGAUUGCAGAAGAGUUAGUUGCCCUCCCGUUUUUGAUAAGCAGACAGACGCACAGACACAUAGAGAUCAUUCGGUUAAUCGAUCGUGGGAGAAGCCCAAAGCCUACUAGAACUCUAUCGCUCUAGAAUCCAAACAAAGCUAAAGGCAGGGCUAAUAAGAGCUGAAGGAUCACGAGCUGGAUAACGAGACGUGUUACAUACUUCCAUCUCAAGAAGUCGCAGUAGCAGAGACGUAGACGUCUCUUUAACCAGAUGGCAUUUUCGCGAGUGUGUCUCGUGUAGCUCACGCCAAGGAAAACGGGGUGCUGAUAACGAUGAUUAUGAUGAUGAUGCCAGAGAGAAAUACACAAUUACGAAGCGUCGCGAGGAAGGA